UCUCCUUUAAGACUCAGUGUGGUAUAGAGGGGGACUUCAGAUUACAAUUCAUGGAUCCUGAUUUUAAUGAAUUUAACAAUCUGACUUCAAUCUCCGAUGUCCAGGACAAAACCACCAUCAAAGUAGUCUUUAAUUCCUUGCCCUGCUCUGCCUUAGCUGAUAGCCCAAUUCCCUAUUCAUCUGCUCCCCCACCAAACUCUCCACAUGACACCUCGUCCAUUUCCUCUGCCUCCUAUGACACAGACAUAUUGUCUUCUCCUGAGUCUACCUCAAGAGUCUUCAUGGCCCCUGGUUUUUACAGUGCCCCGGUUCUCAUAUGAUGCUGAGUUACAGUUAGGGCGGGCUAAUGCUGCUUUCAAAGACACUGGAACGUUGCUGGACCCUGAAACUAAACUCUUCCAUUCUUGAUGGCUUGAUUGAAACAAUUGUUCAGUUCAAGGUCUACCUCACUGAUGCUGAGUGUAUGGAGGUAGCUAAAGCUCUUGUGUCUGCACACCCUUGUUUGAAAGAGCCAGGCUCAGUCAAUGGAUGUGAUGGCUGGAAAAAGAGCUUGAAGGAUAAAUUAGGAAAUUACAGAAACAAGCUGAGACGCCUUGGAUGCCCCGAAGUUUCAGUGAAUGCCUUGACAAACAAACCUGGUGACCGACGCAGCCCUGCCUACGGUGUGAAAAAGCCAAAAAAAGCCGAAGUUAAUUACUUCCCAGCUUAUCCACAAGGUGAAUCAAAGGAGAGCCAGGAAUUGAAACGAGUAUUGCUCCUAUCAGAGGUGGAGAAAAGAAAUAAUGAGGAUCAGGUAUCUUUGUUGAUGGAUCAGACUUUUGCCCACCGACAUCAAGAAGUAGUCAGAGAUGCACCCAUGAUAGCUGAAUUGAAGGCGAGGUGGCCAGCACUCUUCACUCUGCGUGAGCUGUGUGCGGAAUUCAAAAGGAUCACCAUUGUCAACUUGCAGUCAAAGUUUUUCUCCCAGCUGGAUGCUCAAUCUGCAAACCUGAUGAAGGCAUUUAGCAAGAAAAGAGGGUACCCUGGGAAGAUGGCUGAAGCGCAUCGUAGUACCUAUAUGACUGAGGAUUCUGGCAUUGAUGUCCGUCGCGAAUGUGUUCUCAAGGGACUUUGUGUCUAUAUGAAUGAAGACCCCGAGAGCUUUGUGAAAGAAUACAUGCCAGAUGAUGUCAGUAGUCACACGGCCAUGGCAGAGACCACCUCCAUCUAUGUCCUUCGACACGAGGGUGCGGAACCUGGUGAUCCCCCAGAGGACGUUGGGAUCCUUCUUGAGGGUGUCACUGUGCUACGGGAGCUGCGUAACGUACCAUUUGCUUUUGCCAUUUUCAUUGCUCUUGUCUAUGCUCUCAACUUGUGUUAUCCGUCAGAGCAUAAGUACACAUUUGAAGCCCUCCAGAAGUUAGUUCUGGAGCUUGAUGGGAACAAGCUCUCCAAAAAAGUUCAAGCUCUGAAAACAAUUCUUGCUCGUUAAGAAUCAUUGGAUGAUCAGGCUCAAUUCUUGAGCAUGAAUCAUGAAUACUUGAGCAUUGUUUGUAUUACCUUAAAGGUGAAGUUUUUCAGUCAUUGUGUUUUGUGAGGAAAUGUUCUAUCAUAGUGUUUCCAGAGAUAGCUAUGAAUGCUGUAGUCAAAUGUAUUUUUGUUGGCUAAGGUUUUCCAUUCUUGUUUUCCUGUUGAGACUUGAUAAAUGAUUUGGCUCUAUAACUAAUGAUUAAGAAUUGUUUGCAUUGUCCGGAAGGUUUUCCAGAAUAUCUCAUCAAAUGUGUGCAAAGAUGACUCUGGACUUGGUAAGUCAGACUUAUUUUUUUAAAUAUUUUUCAUUUUUUUUGUCAGAUAUUGCUUAAUGUAUUUUGUUGGUUAGGCUCUGCUCUUUCAAUGCAACUCUCUGAACUAUACUUAGUUGUAUAUGUGCAACUACACAGCAUCUUUACAAUGUUUAAUUUGAUCUGUUAUGUGAAAACACAAGAUAUGCACUUCAGUGAGCACUUUAAUGUGCACUUGAACCCUUAAAACAUGCAAUAUAUAGCUCGACAAUAUUUUAAUGCGAGUUUGCAUAUUGUGAUUGUUUUUUUGGAUGUCAGGGUCUUUCAAUAUAAAUGUUGAAUGUUGUGCACUUAAACGUUGAUGUGAAUCCAAGGCUUGAAAUACAGUUUGUAUUUUAAAUAACAUCUUUGUCGUCUGUUACUUGUUUUAUCUUUUAGGCCAGUUAGUAAAUUACGUGGGCUCCAAACCUUGCAAACAAGUUUAAUGGACCCUAACAAAUUAAGUUGAACUAACCAAAGUACCUUAAGUUGGACCAAAGAAUUUGCUUAAUGUUGAAAGUAAGUUAUUUAAUCAUGUGGAAAUACUUUCCAUGAUUUUUUUAAGUAAAUCCAACAAAUAAUUUUUUUGAGUGAUCAGGUGCGGCCUUAACAAGCGCCAAAGCCACGCCUACAGGCGCUCUCAGGAGCAACGGCAGCGCUCAGAGUCGUCACAGCCUCGCACCUGGCCAAAGAUGACAUUAAGCGUUUGUUCUUUAUUCGUCUUUAUUAACCUCAUGUGUUUAUCCCUGUGUUGAUGUCUGUGGUAAACCCUUAUUGUGUGUUACAUGUGCGGCUGAGACUACCCCUGUGUUGCCCUUUGUAGUUAUCCAAUAUGUUAGAGUGUGUUUGAGUCUGCCUGUCCCAAAAAUUGUCCGUCCUGGCCAAAGGUGAUUCUUGUCUGAGGGUGAGAUUGCUACACUAGUCUGAAUGUCGAGUGUGUUUCUGCUUAUUGACAUAUAUAUUAUAUUAGCGUUCAGCACAAUGAUUCAUGUCCAAUUAAUUCCCCCUGAUAAGGUGCUUUGUUAUACUUGUUUGUCUUCGUGAUGUAGCCUAUGAUAAACGGCUUAUGGCCAAAUAGCCUAUG